AUCAACUUGAUCCACUCCAGUGACAGCAGUAAACGCGAAAAGUUUCCAAUACAAAGCAGCGGCUCGCAUCUUCUAUUUAUUUGUUUUCGGAACGUUUACUCUAGGCGCGCUCUCCUGCAAUGAGACGAUAUUAGCGGAAAAAAGAGAGAACGAGAGUGAGAACGCGCGCGUGGGAGAGUGCUUUCAUUUUGUGGUCCCAUCGAUUUUGAUGAUCGGCAAUUAAUUAACAUUUUACGGACUUUACGUUCUAAGCCAAUAUUUGGUAUUCAAUUCUCGUUGGACACACGCUGGGCUAAAUCGAAAGAUCUCAGAUUGGUGGCUUCAUUUCUCUCUCUUUUGAGCCUGGUACAUCUUAUUCUUCUUUUGCUCGGUGUCGCUUGCCUUUAGUCUUCGUUGAACUAUGAAAAUGAAAAGAAAUCAGUGACGGCUUGAAAAAAUCGAAGACGAAUAAUUGAUUUAUUUUUAAAAAAUAAAAAAAUAUUCAAAACAAACAACAACAACAAUAGCAAAAACAAAGAAUUAACUUGUUUUUAAUCUGCAACAACAACCACAACAACAUAAAGAAAUUAGCAAGUGUACCAUUAUUAUAGGUUUCGUUGGCUCGUUUCUCCUCCCGUCCCGUCUCGUGCCAUCGUCCAAAAACGCAAAAAAAGAGUUAAUCGCCGAACCAACAAACGAACCUGUCAGUCACAGUCCGCAUUGGUUUUAUUUUUUGGAUAGAUCGCGAAUUAUUGACGUGUUUUUGCUGUUGUUUUUACGGCCAUUCGUGUUCGUGUGUGUGUGCAUCACUGAGCUUCGCUGUGUGUGUGUGUUUCGGAUUUGUUUGGGUUUUUCGUUGGAGGAGUGCGGUGACAAGACAACAACGACAGCAGCAGCCGAACGAACCAACACCUAUGCAAGGUGUGUUGUGCGUUUGGAAUUUGAAGCAAAGCUUCAAAAGUGAUUGUAAUGCAUAAAUAAACAAAAUCGGCAGAUGCUGUUUUCUUCCUAUCGGCUUUUAUUUCGGCAUUGUCAUUGCAACGGAAAAAUAUGACGGUUUAAUUACAAUAAAAUUUAAUAAAAAUUAAAAAAGUAAAAAUAAUCAUCAAUAAUUGGAAAUUGUGUCAGAAGCUAAACGAUCGAUCCACUGCACUGCAUGGAUGACUGAUUGGAUUGAUGUUAAUAGUGAAUUUUCUUUGAUAAUUAAGUCAUUUAUUGACGGUAAAAGUGGAAAAAACAAAAAAAAAACGAAUAAAUAAAUUCCAAUAAAUCCAACUCAUAUCAUCCCCACCUUAACGGAGCAAAUAAAAAUAUUCUGAAGUUUUUUAAAAUUAUUUCGAUUCUAAUUGGAUCAACAUCGACAUUACAAACCAUAAAAAUUACAAGGAUGCUUCAAAGGACACAAGAAGUUCGAAAACAUAAAACGAUUUGCCAUGGAUUUCUUUAAUGAUCAAAUAUUAACCGAUUUAGAUCGAGUGGAUUAUGUGGGCGGUAUUGACAAUGAAGCCAUAUUCUUUGAAGAUUUACAUGUACCAUCGAAUGCCAUUGGACGCAUUGGUGGCAGUGGAGAUGUGAGCCACCGGCAAAAUGCAAACAAUACCAACCAUAUUAGCCCGAAUGGAUGUGGUAGUGGUGGUGGUGUGGCCAAUGCAACCAAUCUCUUGUGUAGUGCCAAAACUGAAACACCCGUUACAUCGCCCACAUCGUUGGCCUCAAUAAACUCCGAUUUAAUUCUACCACCUAUACCAACGGUUUCGGCACGUGUAGGCCUAACCUCCACACCACAUAUUGGCAUACAUGGUAGUUCCAGCUCGAAUAAUAGCCGCAAUAUCAGUCUCACACAAUUGCCUGAAAGUCCUCCCGAUUCGGGAUCAGAGCCACCCUAUAGUCCUUUACAAGAUGUAUCGGGAUUAAGCGGAAAUAUGAAUACCAGAGAUAUUUUCAAUUCAAACAGUAAUGGAACAACAGCAACAUCAAUGGCAGGUGGUGUCCAUCACCAGCAGCAACAACAACAACCACAUCAUCUUCAGUCUCAAAACCCAACACAUGACAGCACAAAUCAUCAUCAGCAUUAUGUUCACAUAAUGGAUCAUCAUCAAAUGAAUUUAAAUGGACUGACGACAAUGGGUUCGACGCAGGACUCUCCAAUGGGGGAGGUGAGGGUGAAACAUGAGGCGGGGAUAAUUAUAAAUCCGAAUAGUUUACAGCAAACACUUAACAGUCAAAAUUUACAUCACCACCAGCAGCAACAACAGCAUCAUCACCAACAGUCAGACACUCACAUUGAGAUGAAUGGCGCCCAAGGGGUGGCAGCCACGCAACUUCUUUACUCGCAUGCCAAUAGUAACACCACCCACACAAUUAGUCCUAACAACAGCAACAACAACAACACCGCCAUAACGACUAAUCACAUGAUGUAUGACAGUCUGAAUCAUGGCCUUCCUAAUCCCCCACCACCACCGCCACCCUCCUAUCAGUUAAGUCUGUCACAAAUGGUGGAUCCCCAUGAUCUGGCCACCGGCAUGCUAACCGCCAUCGGUGAUUUGCCUCAUGUCCAGGUGGUUGGCACUGUCACCGGUAGCAUACCCUCCACGCCGCAACUGAGCAGAUCAAGUGCUCCCUCCACACCCAACCAUCAAUCCUCGUCACGUAAACGUAAAAUGAAUACCCAAAUAGACGGCGUCGAGUUCCCCUGUGUUAAACCCGAUCCAGGUCUCAUCCUAAGUCCCUCACGUAGUUCUGUGUGUGCCACACCACUGCCGGGAGAAGUACCGAAACGUAGCGCCACCUCGCCACUUAACAUACAACUGAAUAGCACCCAUGACAUAGCCGAUACACCAGCCCACUCGACAGCCUCCCUAUCGCCGGCUCUGUCCAGUGUCAAUAUGGACAAAUCAGCGGAAGGUUCCGGUGCCAGUGAUGCCCUCAGUCCGUGCAUACGUUUCACACCAUUCCAACCACAAAACUGGCAUGAGCUGUGCGAUCAAAAUCUACAAGAGAUCUCAGUUGUCUAUUAUCGUGUCGAUGCCGAUAAGGGUUUCAAUUUCUCCGUAUCCGAUGACGCUUUUGUGUGUCAGAAAAAGAAUCACUUCCAAAUAACUUGCCAUGCUCGCCUACAAAGUGAGGCGAAAUUUGUUAAGACCCCCUCGGGGUUGGAGAAAAUCAAAUCGUUUCAUUUACAUUUCUACGGUGUUAAGCUGGAGACACCCAACCAGACAAUACGCAUCGAGCAGAGUCAAUCGGAUCGUUCGAAGAAGCCGUUCUAUCCAGUGCCCAUCGAUCUCCAGAGCCACAUUGUUAGCAAAGUGACGGUGGGACGGCUACACUUCUCGGAGACGACCAACAAUAAUAUGCGCAAAAAGGGACGCCCGAACCCCGAGCAACGUUACUUCCAACUUGUCGUCGGCCUACAUGUACACACGGCAUCGGGUGAUUUCCCAGUCAUUGCCCAGGGAAGUGAUAAAAUUAUUGUGCGCGCCUCAAAUCCUGGACAGUUUGAAUCUGAUGUCGAUCUCUGUUGGCAACGUGGCCUUACACAAGAUUCCAUAUUUCAUGCGGGUCGUGUUGGCAUAAAUACCGAUCGGCCGGAUGAAAGCCUUGUGGUACAUGGCAAUCUCAAGAUAUCCGGUCACAUUGUACAGCCUAGCGAUAGUCGGGCGAAACAAGAAAUCGGCGAAUUGGAUACUUCGGUGCAAUUGAGAAAUUUACAAAAGAUCCGCAUCGUACGCUAUCGCUUGGAGCCACAAUUCGCUUUACAUUCGGGACUCAAGACGCACAAAGAUGAGGAGGACAUUGUCGAUACGGGUGUGAUUGCACAGGAGGUGCGUGAAGUUAUACCAGAUGCUGUACAAGAGGCUGGCAGUGUUGUACUGCCAAAUGGUAAUGUCAUUGAGAAUUUCCUUUUGGUCAACAAGGAUCGUAUCCUGAUGGAGAAUAUUGGAGCCGUCAAGGAGUUGUGUAAGGUUACGGGAACCCUGGAGACACGUAUUGAGAAUUUGGAAAGGGUCAAUCAUCGUCUGCAACGGGCCAAGGAAAAUGAAUUGCAGUUUAUGCAUUGCAAGACCCUGGGUGCCGGCUCCCCUGGACGUAGCUCCAGGGAUGGCUAUGAAAUCUGUUCGAAUCGAACCCUACAAAUUAUCAUAUUUCUUUUAGUUAUAGUCAUGGCGGCGUGUUUGGCCGCUGUAUCCACCUUAUAUUUCGUAGAACACAAUAAGAAACAGCACAAUUUAAGCGAACUAGAUAGAAUACAAUUGCUGAGCAAUGGUCACUUCUAUGGCCAUGCUGGGGUAUCGCUGACGGAACAGGAACACGAUUUCAUACGCCAGCAUAGUCUGAAAUACAAUCGAACUCACAGUCUGUGGCCUGCAUUACCCAAUUUAUCGACGGUGGGAGGAUAUUCCAGAUCUCUUAGCCAAAAUGGUACAAUGCCAUAUCGGGGAAUAGGUAGCGCAAGAGGAGAAGCAGUGGAAACGGCAGGUGAAAGUGAACUGAUCUAUGAAGAUAUGCUGCUGCCACCAUCAUCCUCUUCCCAAGCUGGCGGCACAACGCAAACGGAUGAAAUCACCGUGGUCAUGGAAAAACCUUCGGUGGGCCAAGAACUGCUACAAACCACACAUCAGGAACAAUCGCGAAGUACAUCUGCCCCCGUGCCGAGGACCAAUAAAACGGUCAUAAGCAAACACAAACAUAAAUGGCCUCAGCCGCAAAUGGUGUUGCGGGUAAUGCAGGCGGCAACGCACCGCAAUGCCUUACCUGCGGCUAAAAGUCCUAAUGGUGUACCCACAAAUGAUGAAACCUCCAAUGGUGGUGCACACAAUGCCAGCGAUAGCUCCACCGAAAAGAUAACCAAUGUCAACUUCGUGCAACAGGACUUUGAGAACAACUCCAUUGAUAUCGAUUCCCAGCAGGCACCGAAUCGUCACAAAUCAUCGGCAAAUAGCAGUAAAAAGAGAACAUCCUCGGCCACAAAUGCAGAGGGUCGUGGAGAAAUAGAAAAACUUCAUGUAGAUAAUACAGUGGGCGCCGUUGCCUCUACCGAUAGAAGCGUGAACGAGGGCCCUCACAUUUCUGCCCCAACCCAAUCAAAUCUUCUGCGUCACACCAAUGCCCGUGGUGGGGAUUUGAUCAUUUACAAAACGGUACCACCACCAACAUCCACCACGACGACAACUAGUGCCGUACAAUCGCACACCCAUUCGAACAAGGUCAACACCGAUGCUCCGCAUACCAAUUAUUCCCUUGAGACUCAACCCAUUUCGAAUAAGAGUCGCAACUAUGUUGAACGUAAUCCCGAUAAUUCCGACAAUGAUUUACAAAGUUUGACAAGUAAUAACAAUGAAUCAAUUUUCAAUCCUGGUGAUCCGGUAGACUACGAUUUGGGUUUGGAAAAUCGCCAAUCUCUGCUGGGUCGUCGUUCUACCGGACAAAAUCAACAAACCCUAACGAAUCCCAUACAAAACGUUUGGGUACACAGUGAAACGUCGUAUGUCGAGACAUUUGGAGAACCCGAACAAUGUAACAAUAAAGUGAAACGAGAGGAUAUAUCCAAUUGUCAGUCUGUUUGUUUCGAGGAAAACAAUCAACUUUUGGCACCCAUACAACCUGCUCUCAACCUCAAACAAACGGAGUCGAAGAAAUCCAAAACUUUGGUACAACAAGAUUUCGAAAAUGAUCACCAUCAUCAGCACGGAGAUACAGAUGAUAAUGAUGCUGUCAUCAAUGAACCCGAUGAUGAUUUACAAGCCGCAUUUGGUGAUAUUCCCGACAAAACAAAAGAUGCUCUCAAUGCAUCGCUGUUGACACCACUCCAGGGUAAAACUUCACAUGCCACCCAGGCCCUCGCCAAGGAGCUAAACGACGAUGAACAACAACAGCAGCAACAGUCGGAAUCAGAAGCUGAUAACUUGGAUGCAUUGUUGGAGCACAAUUUCAGUGAUGAAAAUCUUGAUGUUGAAUCGAAAAUAAAAACCCAAGAUAAAAUCGAUGAGGCACAGCCAAAUUUAUCUGUCGAACCAAAUCGUCCACCCAGCAAUGCAGAUUGUUGGAAAAUUCGCAGUUGCAUCUUGGCCGAACGUUUGAAUAAUUCAUUUGCCGUUAAUGAAUUUUGUCCCAAAGUUGGAAAUUCGAUGAAUUUAACGUUUGUCAUACCGCUGUCACGAUUCUUCAAGGAGCACAGCAUUGAGUUGCAUUUAACAUCUACCAUACCAUUGCAAUGGGUGGUCUGUAAUCUGCACGAGCAUUCCAAACAAAAUGUCAAACAUUUAAUUAACUCCUCACAGCCGGGUCUGUCGGCGCAGCAUCACAUCAGUCAUCAAAGCCAGAAUGUAUUGCAAAGACGACGCAAUACCUCGAUGCUGGUGAUGAAUGUACCAAGUCGAGGUUAUUUUGUUAAAGAUUUAAUUUUACGUGCCACCAAUGAUCCGGAAAAGACAAAUGUAUGCCAAGAGAAACCCCAUGAGACCAACUCCAUAUUGCAGUACAACUUUAGAAUUCUAAGAGAUUGUGAUUAACCCCCAGAACUGUUGCUGUUAAAGGAUCAAAAGAACAACAACACGAACAAAAAACUACAACAACUACUAUUUUAUAAAAUUUAAUCCAAUUUAACAUUAAAAUUUAUAUAAUAUCACUAAAUUAUUAUUAUUAUUAUUUUUUAUAGAAAAGAAGACACUAAUGUUUAUUGAACAAUUUUAAGAAAAACAAAAAAAAAAUACUUUAGUUAAAUAUGUUUAGCCUGGAACAAAAGAAAAUCACCAGAUUCUGUAAAUAUGAACAAAUCAAUCAAUUAUCGAACAAUUUACUUUUUUUAAUUCCCCUAUUUUUUUUUUUUUUUUUUUUUUUGUAUUGCUUUAUCUUAUCGUUUGCCACUUUUCACACAGCCUUUAGUGAAAGAAAAAAAAACUAUACGAACAACAACUAUCAAUUAUUAUGAACAAAUAGCAUAAUUUUUUUCACUGCUGUAGAACAUAGAUUGAAUAAAAAAAAAUAAUAUUAACGAUUAUAAAUAAUACAAAUUAUAUUAAAAAUAAAUAAUAAUAAUAAUAAUAAUAAUAAUUACAUAGAUAAUCAUAAUUGAUUAUUAAAUAUUUAUUUAAUGAAAUUAUUUAGAGAAUUUUCAAAUAUAAAAGAAA